UUUUGCAGACUUUGCUGUGGAAAUCUGAGAAAUGUUAGAAAUACAAAUAAUCAAGAUUGAAGAUCCAGGAUGUCUGUGGGCUCGAGUUCUGAAAGGACCAGGCAUUCAGCCGGACAGUCCGGAGGAUUAUGAGAACCUGAGAGUGAAAAUGAACCUCUUCUACCAUGAUGUCGACCUGGACGUUCAAAAACUAAAGCCUGCUGAACUGAAGGAGGGGCUGGUGUGUGUGGUGUUCAGUCUGGAUCUGAAGAGUUGGUGUCGAGCGGUAGUCGAGUCGGUCUUUCAGGGGACGGGGGACACUCAGGCUUGGUGCUUGUUAUUAGACCACGGAGAUCGCAUCAUCGUCAGAGCAGAUGAUGUAAGAUCUCCUCUUGAGAGGUUCCUGCAGCUGCCUUUCAGAGUGAGACGCUUUAAAUUGGCUGGAAUUCGUCCAAUGACACUACAGGUGCCCAUCGCAGAAAACACAGCAGAGCUUGUUCCAUCUUCAACAUGGGACAGCUCUGCCACAAAAUACCUGCACAAUCUAUUACAAGUGUCGACUCUGGUUGAAGCCGUUCUGUGUGAAACCCAGUUAGGCUGCUCUGCCAUUGAACUCUACUUGACUGUCAACAAUACAAAGAUCUGUGUAAACGAUGAGCUCGUCGCAAAGAAAUUUGCUUGUUUCAUGAGAGAGGAGUCCAGUGCGCUGGAAGGGAACAGGAAUGGAGAUCGCACUCCUAUCAGCCUGGCGUGGGACAUCUACUCCAGUCCUCACCAGCUCCUAGAAAUGAAAGGACGCUGUCCUAUCAAACCUCCACCUCCAGAUAUUCCCAUCAGAAAAGAGCGGAAAGAUGGUCCACAGACAGAAAUAGAUGAAGUUUCUCAUUCGGAAAAGCAGAAACCACAGGUGUCAGAGGAAGCACACAUGCCACCUCGAGCUCCAAAACUGACCCGCAAUGCUGGAACCGAUACUAUUGGCAGAGGAUGGCGUAUCAGAGCGGAGGCCACUGACAUCUUCAGAGAUGAAUGCUGUGGUCAGACUCGCAUACACAAGCCUCCAUACAUGUUUGACACACUUUCACAUUCAAAGCAGAUUCCUCAACCUGAUCAAACUGAUAAUAACAGCAUUGCUUCAACACCAGCUGCAAGCUCACCAUCAUGUGCGAGUGACUCCCCUGAAGAGCAGAAAGUGGCAGCUCUCUCACAAGAGCCCAGUCUUGAAGAUCAGCUGACCUCUUCUAGACUUAUGCAGUUUCUAAACCCUGAUCCACUCAAUCCAGACCAAGAGUCUCUUGAUGCCAAAAUUGAACGCUGUAAUCCGGGACACUUAGGAGUUAUAGUGCACACUGCCCUUCGUGUUGAACCCUGCCGGAAACUGACACGUGCACCCAUCAGUGAACAGUUCAGAAAGUUCCUGUUGUGGAGGAAGUAUAAUGGACCGAAUGUAGCAGAGAGUUACUGUUGGCCCUCUGUGGCACGAGGUUUUGACACAGUACUGGUGUCACACAGCGGAGACAACCCUCUGUCCUAUAUUCCUCCUCUGCUGAUGCUGUUACAGACGGUUUCUGUCGUCUCCAGUCUCGCUGCUCGCACUGGGCCCAUAGCCGUGAUCCUGUGUCCGGGCUGGGAGAAGGUUCAGACAGUGCUGGAGCUCCUGGAGGACAGUAAAGCAACUUACAACCUCCAUCCCACCAGUGUGCUGCUGGGUGUGGACCAGGAAGAGCCCAAAAAGUUCAAGAUCCAGAGGAACUGUCAGUUGCUGGUGACCACACCGUUUACCAUGAUGAGGCUGCUGGAUGCUCAGUGCUUCCUGUUCCUGAGACUGUGUCACCUGGUGCUGGAUGAGGCUGAUGUCCUGUAUUCACAAGCACCUGAGCAGAUGUCAGUAAUCCUGAAGCACUUCCAGAAGGUGGUCUCUGGAGAGGAGAGGUCGUCGUGCCCCAGGCAGAUCAUCGCAGUGGGCAGCCGCUGGAGCGCUGGGAUUGAGGCUCUGGUCAGAGAGCACAUGAUCUACCCCUCCGUCAUCAUCACCGUGAUGGAGGAGGCAGCUCUGUACGGCAGGGUACAUCAGAGGGUUCAGCUGUGUCUGGACUGCGAUAAGAUCUCCGUUCUGCUCGGGUCGCUGGACUUCCACCCGCCCAAGCCUCAGAAAACCCUCAUCAUUACCAACUCCGCUGAGGAGACCGAGCAUGUGUAUAAGGCUGUGGUCAACACUGCCGUCUUCACACUGAAAGCUCAUGAAGAUGUGACGGAUCAGUUUGACUUUGUCAUUGAUCAGUGGAGGAAAGACAUCAGCCGUGGAACGCAAGUCAUUCUGGUUACCACCAAUGACUGUCUCAAGGCUCUCGGCAUCCGGGACGCCACGUGCGUGGUGCAUUAUGGGUUUCCCAGCUCCCCCAAACUCUUCGGCAGCCGCCUGUUCUGCAUGUCAGAGCAUUUCAGAAACCUUUCGGAUAUGGAUCAUGCCGAGAGCUCCUCUCCUGCAGCUCAGUCCGUGUUGCUGCUGUCGGAGCUGAACGCCCGUCACGUGUGUGGCGUCCUGCGGUACCUGAGGAGAAGCGGCGCUCUUCUGCCCCCGGAGCUGCUACAGUUCGCUCUGGGCGUCCAGCAGGCCAAAGAGGAGCAGAAGACCGACAGACCCCUCUGCUCCUCGCUCAAGAGCUUCGGCUUCUGCAGAGACAGCACAGUUUGUCCGGAUCGACACAUGAUCAACAAAGCCCUGGAUCAGCCAAAGCACCCUGACUCUGGGAAUAUCAUGGUUUUGCCGCUGUGCAUAAAGUCAGCGAAUGUGUACUCUGGCCGUAUCGUGAGCCAGAAAGAGGAUUGUUACGAGACUCUCGCUGCUGAAAUGAACGCACACUACGCUAGUGAGAGACGCUGUGCUGUCCAAGUGCUGAAGGGAGAACUUUACGCCAUUCAAGAGGAGAACAUCUAUAACCGGGUAUGCGUGAUGGAGCUGCCGGAAAAAGGAGAGCAGCUGUUCAGCAGCGUCACUGCCUGCUUCAUAGAUGAGGGCCGCACACAGGAAGUGAAGUCACACCAGCUUCUCCAGCUUCCUCCUCAGUUCCAGGCUGUGCCCAGCCAGGCUGUGGAGAUCAUCCUGUGCAGAGCGCAGCCCGUCGAUGGGGAGGUGGACUGGAACCCGAAGGUCACCAGAGCCAUCAGUCAGAAGAUCAAAGGGAAGCUGCAUCAGGCCAGGCUUGUGAUGAGUGUGGGAAAUACUGUCUGGGUUGAUCCUAUGGUGCGCAUGACACGUGUUCCUGGUCUGAAGACCUACAUUAAUGAGUAUAACGUCCAUGCUGAGAUCUUGGCCUCUGGGUUUGGUGUCAAUAAUCCUCAGCAUGUGGACCUGCUGAAGAGAGUUUUCCAGGGAGACGAGAACGCAAGCAUGCUCCAGCACUUGACCGAUGACAGGUUUGAAAGCCCUUCGUCAUCCUCACAGCAGAGAGUUGAUGUUAUAGAAGACGCUCUGACCAGUAAGAUGAAGGAUUUAGUCUGCAGUCAUAAUGCAGUCCUGGAGUUCAGCCAGACUCCCAUCAGCCCCCAGAACAACAGUGCUGGCCAGUGCAAUGGAGACCUGAAGGACAGUAAUGAUGAUGAUGAUGAUUCUUCAGAGGGAAGCAUGGAUAUCAUGAGCCCUGAUCCGAAUGGAUUUUCAUCUCCGAACCCGACCAGACCUGCCAGCUCUGAAACAGGCAUUUUUAUUCACAUCUAAGGAAUAGUUUGAAGU